AUGUCGGACUCGAGUAUCUCGUUUUCGAUACCGGGCGAGACGUCGACGACGGCCGAAGCGACGUCCACGACGCCGACGUCAACCUCGACGUCGGACACGCCCACCUCCACCACGCCCACCUCGACAUCCACGACCGAGACGUCGACGACGCCCACCUCCACCUCCGACACCUCCACUUCCACCACCUCCACCUCCACGACCGCGUCUUCGACGACCGCGUCCUCCACGACAGGCUCGACGACGUCCACGAGCGCGCCCGCGGCGCCAAGCUCGACCACGGCAGCGCCAAGCUCGACGUCCACGCUCUUUGUCACCCAGUCCGACGGACGGACUAUCACGUCCUUCGUCAUCGCCACCAACACCCAGACCGCGGGCUCGACGGCCACCGCGGCAGCGUCCACCCGCGACUCGACGUCGUUCUUCGACAACAAAGGCGCAGUCGCCGGCACAUUCACAGCCGUCGGCGUAGUCGUCCUCAUCUUCCUCAUCUUCCUCGCCACGCGCCUCGUCCGGCGCCGGCGCGAAAAGAAGUUCGACGACGAGGUCGACCAGGCCGCCGCCGAGGCCGCCGCGGCGGGCGCGAACCCGGACUUUCUCGCGGACGACGAGUACGACUACCGCUCGAACGCGACGGGCGGGACGAGCGGGGCGGGAGGGGGCGUGGGGAGCUUCGGGGCGUAUAGCGAGACGAGCCAUGGGACGCUCGGCCAGCCGCCGCUGGGGCAUGCGGAUUCGCAUGGGUAUAAUACGUUCGCGGCUGUUGGGGCGGCGGGCGCGGCGGGUGUGGGCGCUGGCGCGAUGAGCAGGGCGAAGAGCCAGCGGAGUAUGGGGUCGGGCGAGCCGUACCCCGCCCAAGCCCAACCCAUGCCGGCCGACGCAGCCAACGCAUACGAGAUGUCGUCCGACGCGAACAACAACCUGCGCUACCGCCGCUCGACGGGGCCGUACCAGUACGACCCCAUCCUCGGCGGAUAUGGCGCGGGCGACGAUCCGUACGCGAUUGCGCGGGGCCCGAGCAUGCGGUACCCUAGUAAUCCGAAUCUGCAGAGGAGCGGGAGUAGGGGGCAGGUCCUGGGCGGGGGAGAUGGGGGAUAUGUGAAUCAGCCUGGGCAACCGUUCGUUCCGCCGGGAUACCCACAGCCGCAGACUCAAGCGCCGUUGCCGCCUUUACCUGGCGCGUUGCACCCCGGACAAGGGCAGAACGCGCCGUACGCGGGUGGACAAGAAUAUAAUGAGCCCUACGGCGGCAGCGGACCCGAGUCUGCGUUGCCGAACCCGCAUUCGGCGUCGGCGUCGGCGGCUCCGCCUGCAGCGUCCAGCCAGGCUGCGCUUGUGGGGCGCCAUUCGACGGACGAUGAGGGCGAUGAGAGGGCGUAUGAGGGCGGGUAUGCGGUUGGGGGCGAGGAGGAGAGUGAGGAUGAGGAGGGCGAGGAGCGGAACCCGAGGGUGCUUAGGGUCGCGAACGAGUAA